AUGCCGGUGGAAUCAGAAACUUUGUCUAGUAGUUUGCCUGAAGUGGUAGCUAAGGCCGUGUUGCAGCCGUCAUCCUUGCCUAAGGACUGCGAAGCAUUUGUGGAAGGUCUGCAUUACGAGGAUGACGUAACUAUCGAAUCUUUACUUCGUGUGUAUAAGAAUUUCGGUUUCCAAGCAACACAUCUUGGUCAGGCUGCCGAGAUGAUCGAUCGCAUGUUGCGGUAUCGUUUGAUAGACGAUCCCAUAACGGAAGAAGAUUUGGGUACUAAAUAUGAGGACGUUGAGUUGCGUAAACAAACCAAGUGUACGAUAUGGUUGGCAUUUACGUCUAAUAUGAUAUCUUGUGGUCUUCGUGAUGCAUUUGUGUUUUUGGCUAAGCACAAGUUGAUAGAUGUUGUGGUUACUAGUGGCGGCGGUGUUGAGGAAGACCUAAUAAAAUGCAUGGGUAAAACUUACAUUGGUCGUUUUAAUAUGGACGGUGCAACUAUGCGUGAGAGUGGUUUGAACCGUAUCGGUAAUUUGUUCAUUCCUAAUGACAACUACUGUGAUUUUGAGCAGUGGCUGCAGCCUCGUCUCGACGAGAUGCACCGUCAACAGGUCGAGGAGGGUAUGGAGUGGACUCCUUCGUCAUUUAUUGAUUUCUUAGGCAAAGAGAUUAACGAUGAGAGUUCCUUUUGUUAUUGGUGUCACAAGAACAAGAUACCUGUGUUUUGCCCCGGUAUUACCGAUGGUUCCAUCGGUGACAAUUUGUAUUUCCACACUUACCAUCGCAAUGAGCCUAGUACGCUUCGUAUUGACGUGGUUCGUGACGUUCGUCGUGUUAACGAUUUGGCGGUUCAUUGUCGUAAGUCUGGCAUAAUAAUUUUGGGUGGUGGUUUGGCUAAACACCACGUUUGUAAUGCUAACCUGAUGCGUAAUGGCGCUGAUUUUGCGGUUUACAUUUCAACAGCUCAGGAGUUUGACGGUUCUGAUUCCGGUGCUAAUCCUGAUGAGGCGAUAUCUUGGGGCAAGAUAAAGGCGCAUAGUAACCCUGUUAAGGUUCACGCCGAUGCUUCUUUAGUUUUUCCUUUACUAGUAGCGGGUGUGUUUAAGAAGUACCAGGGUACACGUGACUAG